AUGGCUACCUACACAUUUUGCUUGUUCGCCGGAUUAUACAACAAAAUAGAGCUAAAGGUGAAAAACAUUUCCGUUUUUAUAUACAUAGAAAGGGGAGGAGGAUCUGAAGAAAGUAGCAAUGGAGGAAGAAGACACGACUUUUUCCUACACGUGGUGAAAGAAACACUAAUGAUGUAUUUGAAGAUGCAUGUUUUCCGAGCUAGGUUGGAAGAGAGUAACUUUAUCCAGUUCAUGAUUUUAAACACGUAUAAAUAUGCAGGAGAAGAAAAUCACAACUGUGUCACUCUGUUGAUGUCAAUGGUUAUGGGAAGUACACCCUCCUGUAAGGAAGGUAGAAAAAAUUUGGAGGAAGACUUCCAAAAAAGGGUUUCAUUAGUCAAACUAAUUGUGCAUGAAAUUUUUCACUCCUUUUGGGGAAACUGCCUUUAUUUUAAGAAGGCAAAAUAUCUGUGGUUCAAAGAGGGGCUUACCAGAUACUACGAAUUAAGACUGUGUGAAUUUGUUUUAUCUAAAAUUAGCAGACUUGCUUCUUGCAGAUGGAAAUUAACCCUAUGGUUCACGCUUGAGUAUCAUUUUUAUGUCCUCCUUGUAGAUACUCUGAACGUGUAUAACCACGCUUUGGACUUUUCGAGGGGCGGAAAAAGAAAAUGCAGAGAGGAAAUGUACGAAAAGGAUAUUCACCAUUUUUACAAUACACUAACUUACAACAAAGGAAUGAAUAUUUUCAAAAUUAUCAAUGUGAUGACGAGACCCUACUUCUCCCUCAUCAUGAAUUUGCUUUUCUACACAUUUUACAAUUUUUCAAUAAAUUCAAGAAAAUUUUUUAAAUUUUUUCACUUUUUUUUUCACCUUUUUCAUGUGAAGCCAUUUUUCCUCAACUGUUAUGCGUAUGAAAAGUGUGUACAUAUUGUGAAGGCACUCAUUAGAAGGAAAAGAAAAUUCUCAUUUAAUCAACUCCCCAGAAUUGUUGGCAGUGCCAUGAGGUCUACGCGCCGGGGGGGACGCCUACGACGUGACAAAGCAGUACUGUGUGGGGGCCAAGAGACAGUAUGUAGGAGUUUCUUUACCUACCUUUUGAGCUCCUCCUUUUUGAAGCGCCCUUUUAAGAAGCGCUUCCAGGCCUACUGCAUAGAGGAGGCCAUCAAUUCUGGAAGAAAGUCAAUUCGAAGUUCGAAACGGAAGAGAAUUAAACGUUUAUGGCCACGCAGGGGAAGAAAAAAUAGAAGGGGGAAAAUAACAUCAUGUGGGAGGGUCCAACCAGUCCUCAGGAGAACACCUCAAAAGGGGGCCGCUUCGAAGAAGGCGACCGCUUCGAAAAAGGCGGGAACUUCCCAAAAGGAGGCCGCUUCCCAAAAGGCGGUCUCUUCCCAAAAGGAGGCCGCUCCCCCAAAACGCAGCUACCCCUUGCAGGAAAUAGUACAAACGUACAUAAAAGUAGUUGGGCCGCCUAAAAUAUUUUUGAAGUUUUUUAAAAAUAAAAAUAAAUUGCUAAUAACGCAGAAGCAUUUCUACUAUGACAAUUACGAGCAGACGUUUAAAGAGACGCGUGUGCUUUUCCACGUGCCACUUAUCUUCACAGUGGGGCGUAAAGUGUACAAGGUGCUUCUAACCAGGAGGUAUGCCCUGAUAGAUAUUCUAAGGGGGAAUGAAAAAAGCCUUACUGAAAGAAAAACAAGUCAAUUAAAUGGAGAAAAAAACACAUUCACCAUGAGUACGAAGAAUGUCUCGUACUUUUCCUUCCACUUUGUUGAUAUAUUUUCAUUUAAAUUUAUUUUAAAUUCGAUAAAGUGUAACCUAUGUAGUAAGGCGGACAUAAUUCACAUAAUCACCAACGUUUUUUUGAGUCUUUUGGUACGCCUCAAGAGUUUGAAGCAGGUUCGAUACUUAAACGCAUUGGUUUCUAGGCAGGUGUUCUUGUUGUAUAAAUUUUUCAAAGAAACGAGACGCACAAAGGGUGAAGUUCACAUCGUUGGGAUGAUCCUGUGCGAGGAAUUCUUCAAGUGUUAUGCCCAUUUCAGCUCGUACUUCUCCAAAAUUGAAGACCGAAAAUUGAAGAAAGAAAUAAACAGGGAGCUACGAUCAUGUGAGCAGUUCGAUUAUCUGCGUGACGAAGUUGAAUUCGUAUUUAAAGACUUCAGGAAUUACCUGUCCAAGAUUUUUUUUUUCUACAAAGAAUCUAUCACUCAGCUGUUGUGA